UUGUAAGUAGAGGUACCAAUGUACCAUUAAUUUUUUAUAUCCCUUCCCAGCUCAAAGACAAAAACAGACCUUUGUGGUAUGUUCCUGCGCUAGGACUGUCUGUAAAAAGGAAUAACCUCCCGAAAACAACAAAGGACUGCAUGAACGGUCUGGCAGUGUGUUAGAUAAAAGCAAAGGAGAAAACGGAAGAGCAAGCCAGAAAAGGAAAGAAAUGCACACUCAGCAACUUUUUCUUUCUUGAUCGUUUUGCCCAAAGCAACCAAACAAGCACUCUGUUCUUUUGCAUCAGAAGGGAAAUCCAACACACCAACAAAGAUGAACCCAUAUGUCACCUCCCAUUUCAGGAGGGAUCUUUUUCCUCAUUUUUAUUUGUUGUAGUAACAUACAGAAAACACAUGGGUACUCCUCUAUAUACACAAUUAUAUCAGUAGCUUCUUCUGAAGUAUUUGGUUUUGUCCAAAUUUGAUAGUAGAAUGACCCUGAAAUUACAGUACAAGAAAUUCUAAUGUCUAGGUGGCCUUCUGGGAGUUUGUUGAGAGUAGGAAUAUGAACUGAAAUCUUACCCAGCUUCUUGACUUGAACCCAAGAAAACCAACUUCUUCAGGCUUAGGUGAUUUCUCAGCUGUAAAUGAGGUAUGUCUGGUCAAAUAUAGAUGCAUGUUGAACAUGAUUUCUUGAAUAAUGUGAUUAUCUACAGUUAAAUUCACAAAUAGGCAAAUGUGGAAGACCCUGAAAGACAAAGUGUUACGUUAAGUUAUACCAGGAUAAAAGAAGAAUCAAUCAUAGACUCCACCAUCAGUUGACAAGAUGCCUUCCCAUAGGGGGCUGACCCAGGCAGGACUUUGAGUUAGCUUUCACUGUGAAAAACUCAAACACACACUGCGUUCCAACGCCGGAUUUAGGUGGAAAUAGGACGAAGGUUUUACUGCAUACAAGCAGGCAGGAGUGUCUCAAGAGUGAUUUGUUCGAGGAUUCAAGGCCCCCGACGGAUCGGCCCCGUGUCCCGUCAGCUGAUACUGAAGUCUAAGAAUCGAAGUUUAUCAGACUUUUUAUUAAUGGGGAUCGCCUAUGGUUGAAAUGUGACCUACUUGAUUUCUAAAAUCAGUUGUCCGUCUUGAGUGACUUUAGUUUAGUAACACAAAUUGUGUAUUUCAUCUCUUCUAUGUAUUGUGUUUUUUCUUUUGUCAAGCCAAAACCAAGAAGUUCGUGAAACCGAAGAACUGUAUCGUAAGAAACGGCAUGUUUUUUCCAUUUGCAUGUUAGGUUAUUUUAUCAUAUCUCCCUUAGUAUUUGUACUUUUCCACAAUUUGCACUUGCUCCCAAUAUGUUCAGAAGUACUGAAGUGUUUGUGCCUGAGAUACUUAAUUUCUUCAAAUUGAACAAAUCCUGCAUGUGAUCCUGUUAAGGUCGAUCUAGUCUUUCCCUUUCUCGCAAAUCAAUCUAACUAACAUUGUUUUUAGUUUGCUUCAAUUUAUAAACAGUGUUGGAGAACUUUGAGAUCUCCCCAUGAAAGGACUGUUCUCAGAAACAUUUUGUCAAGGACCCAACAUGAAACUGAACAAUGCCUAUAAAGGAAAUACCAUUGGACAGUAUGGACUCUGAUAUCAGCGUUACUACAUUGUGAACUUGACUGAUUCACACAGAACAACAAAAACGAGACUUGAAUGUGCAUAAUGGGCGCAGCGCGUGUGAAACGGCGCUUCAGUGCUGUGGUGGAUGGGCCAGUAGAGGAGGAGGAGGUCAUGAGGCUGGCACAGAGUGCGGCAGAGACGGGAGGAAGUCCAACUGGAACCCCGAGCGGACCCUCCCCGACACACGCCGUCAAUGGCUUAGUCCUGGCUAUUCCCAGCGAUGCACGGAGGCAGAGUGCCGCAGGAGAGUCAGCUGGGGGAGAAAACGGAGAGAGAACGGUGUGCUCGGACCCGAGGAGGGGAAGAGGAAGUAGUGUAGGAGGAAGAGGGGAAGGCCGGUCCGACUCAGACCGGGAUUCCCUUUCUUCCCCCUCCACCACCGGACGCUGGCGCACCAAACGUGCAGGCCGCCAGCCCCGAAAGCGCUUUGUGGGCAAGGACGGACGCUGCAACGUUACCUUUGUCAACAUGAGCGAGAGGGGCCAGCGGUACCUCAGUGACCUCUUCACCACCUGCGUGGACAUCCGUUGGCGUUGGAUGUUGGUCAUUUUCACUCUCUCCUUUCUUCUCUCCUGGUUGCUCUUCGGAUUUGCCUUCUGGCUCAUUGCCUCCGCGCACGGGGACCUCUCCGUUCGCCUCGUCCCGGUGGCCGACACCUCGGCGCCGGGAGGAGACGGCGACAGAGGCGCGGCGAUGGAGGAGCCGUGCUUCCUCCAAGUGAACAGCUUCAUGGCAGCUUUUCUCCUCUCCUUGGAGACGCAGACGUCCAUCGGUUACGGAUUCCGAAGCGUGACCGAACAAUGUCCCCUGGCGGUGGUGGCGGUCGUUUUGCAGUGCAUCGUGGGCUGCAUUAUUGACGCCUUCAUCAUCGGGGCCGUCAUGGCAAAGAUCUCCAAGCCCAAAAAACGCAACGAAACUCUAGUUUUCUCAGAAACAGCCGUGGUGGCCCUCAGGGACGGCAAACUCUGCAUGAUGUGGAGGGUUGGAAACCUGCGCAAGAGUCACCUGGUAGAGGCGCAUGUCCGAGCGCAGCUGUUAAAGUCAAGAGUGACACGAGAAGGAGAGUUCCUUCCGCUAGACAACUUGGAUAUCAACGUUGGAUUCGACACCGGCACGGACCGGAUUUUCUUGGUUUCGCCUGUCACUAUCGUCCACGAGAUCAAUGACGAGUCGCCGUUCUUCGAGAUGGACCGCAAGACUUUGGAAAGCGACACCGAAAUGGAAGUGGUGGUGAUACUGGAGGGCAUGGUGGAGGCUACCGCCAUGACCACGCAAUGCCGAAGCUCCUACCUGGCUUCGGAAAUCCAGUGGGGUUAUCGAUUUGAACCUGUGCUCUUUGAGAAGAAGGACGGCUAUGAGGUGGAUUAUUCAUUCUUCCACAGAACCUACGAAAUCCCAAACACACCGUUGUGUAGCGCUAAAGAGUUUACUGCGCUCAAGUACAUGAAGAGUUCACGCUCAUCUCUUUGCUAUGAGAACGAAGUGGCUCUGAAGCUCAUUUCUCCUGAUGAGGAACCGGACACAGAGAAUAGGAAACUAUCAGGCCACCUCCACUUCAACUGAGGAAAAAGAGAGACAAGUUUGACUCUCUAUUAAACUUGUUGUGUGAUUGGUCCUGGCAAUCUUUGAAAAUCCUUGAAAACUUGAGUCUGCUAACUUCCAAACUGGCCCAUUCGCACCGCAGCACAGCAACAGCACUCCGCGGUGGCUGUAACGUGCAACUGCACUUCACUUAAGGACUUUGAGAUGAAUUUUUAUGCAGUGAAAGGUAGGGUAUUCUCACAGGUACACUUCAGGAAUGUAUUGCAGUAUUAUGCUGAUUUAUCAUUGUUAUUUUCUUAUGGUAAGUAUGGAUAGUAUAAUUUUUUGUUUGUGGGGAUUAGCUAUUGAUUAUGUGGAGAAAACGAGAUAAACGUGCAGCGGUUUCGAGUUUUUUCCAUGUAAUUGUCUACCGUUGAAUUUUUUAAAACUAUGUUGUGAAGGAAUAUGGUGUUAUUGUGACGUUUUUCAUUCUUUUGUUAUCAAGUGAACCCCUGUUUAUCGCAGGAAAUGUGUUCUAGGCAUCGUGGUGAAAUUGGAAAAUCGAUUAUAUGGAAACUAGUAUUUUUUGUGGUGGCAUUAAUCACAUUUAAACUUAUUAAAAAUACAUUUAAUUGUUUUUAAAAAAAAUUUUUUUUAAACGCUUUAAUUCACAGGUUUUAAAUUCAUUGCAGGUCCAUGUGGCCUGUGAAAGUAUAAACGAUAAACAAAAAGACAUUAUUUAGUUUUACAAAUAUUUGAAAAAAUUCAAUGUUAAACGUUGUUUUCUUAUUAAAAUACAAAAAAAUUUGAGAAAAUACUUUUUUAAUCUAAAAAAUACAGGUACAGUAAAGAAAAUAAGAAUAUUUACUAUUAAUAGUAGGCCUGCACGAUAUAUCGUUUGAAUAUCGCCAUCGCUAAAGUCCCAUCUCACGCAUUAUUUUUUUUUUAAUUUACCCUAAUUUUCGGACUAUAGGCCACUACUUUUUUCCCUCAUUUUGAAAUCCUGCGGCUUAUAGUUCGGUGCAGUUUAUUUGUUCAUUUAUUUGGGUUAAUAGGUAACACUUUCUUUGACAGCAGAUGGGCAUUAAUGACAUAAUGAAUUAUGUCACUAACUCAAUUUAUGUUCAGCUUGGAUCAUUGCAUCCAUUCAAAAGUGAGAUAAUUUGCCAGAUGACACAAAAUCUGUCAUGAGCAUUCAAUAAUGCUCAUGGCAGUGUCAUGUCAUAAAUAUGAUGGGUCUUAUGACAGUCUUAUGGCGCCACUCUCAAAUAAAGUAUUACCAAAUACCAUAACUAGUAAGGGUGUAACGGUACAUGUAUUUGUAUUGAACAGUUUCAGUACGGGGUGCUCGUCCAACGAGUUUCUGAUGUAAUGUAUCCCUUACUUUUCGAGGCUUUGAGUCGAUCGGGUUACAGUUUCUUUGUGUAGAUUAUAUUUAGUCCGUCUUCUCUACGAUAAUGAGGACCAACACGGUAGGACCGUAUAUAACCCAGAAACGUCAACGGCGCGUCAACCAGGGGCGGACUGGUAAUCUGUGGGUUCUGGAGGAUCACAGAACGGCCGGUGCCGUGGACGGCCGGCGGCCGCCAUUCAUUAUACAUCACUGUUUUUAUCCCCUCUAUCCUCUGAUUAUCUACAGUUCACAUCCAAUCCGACAGGUGGCAGCAAUGCGCCUGGCUGUUGACUGCCAAUCUGAUAGACUAGGAACGAAGAAAGCACAGAGUAGCCUUCAUUGGUUCCUUCCUUGUGGAAGCAAAAUAGCGACGAGCGUUAAUGCACAAUAUGGAUGGUGGUGGCAAAAAACAGAAAAGAGCAGGAUGGCGCGGAGAAGGUUAGGGAGAAAAAAAUUAAACUGGAGAGUGAAGCAUUAAAAUGUCAUAAGUCGACAAAUAUUUUCGCAAGCAGCAGUCUGGCUGCAACGGCCACGUCGGAUAACAACAGCCCAGCUCCCGGCAAUGGUGAGAGGGAGCGGCAGCCGCUCUGACGUGCAGCCGGUGCAGGGAGAGAGAAAAGAAGAAGGAAGUAAGCUGGAGGAAGUUCCCCAGACAAGCGCAGGGCAAGUAAAUUGGGAUGAAGAGGGUUACUUGCUCGGUAUACUGGCAAUUGUUAUCCACCAGGUAGCUACAUUUUAAAUGAAAUAAAUGACAAUUAAAGGGUUAGUGCCAGCUAAUCGAUGUACCCGUUUGCAAUCGUGUCAAGUUACAGUAUGCUCGUCCUACUAUCCCACUCUUAAGAAAAAAUAUUUUAGCCGUAAAACAAUGUAUGCACACGCAGCAUAGCAAUAUUAAUUCAGAAGAAAUAUAACAAAAUAUUAAUAAAAUGAAUAGUUUUACUUUAAAGUUUAGGUAGUUAAACUGAUAUGAUAUACAUUAUAUUUUUAAUCAUUUAUAUAUCGUUUUGUUGUCUGGUUAAUACUUUCCAAUGAAGGUUAUGUAUACAGGAUUUGUCUUGAAAUGUUUAUUGUAUUUUCAUUGAAAUUGAUUAUUUGUAUGGCAGGGGUCUCCAAACCGGUCCUCAAUGGCCGCUGUGGGGCCUGGGUUUUGUUUCAACCGAUCGAGUACCGACAGUUUAACCAAUGACGUUUCUGCUAAAACAAGCAGCACCUGACUGCAAUCAACUGAUUCCACUUGUAAGACACCAGAUCGGUGCAGAGGUGUUGUCUUGUUUUGUUAGAAUGAAAUAGAAUGAAAUCCUGUGUCCGCCGC